UAAUCACAUUCGUAUGAUAUACUAGAAGGUUGGGUCUACAAUAAGUUGUUGUGGAUCGGGUCUAUUCUAGUUUUUACUGUAAAUGCAAGGUAAAAAGGUUACUCCAAAAGAAAACGUGUUAACUAAGAAAAACUUACUAAAAAAGGAAUACAUAUCAACUUAAAAAAAAUAAAGGUAGAGUUGGUGGACCCUCAUUUGCAACCCAAAAAAAUGAAAAAAAAAUGUAGUCGGUGAUUAUUGUGAAAUUGAAUUUUAAUUUUGGUUUCUGCAUCUUACACACAAUCAUGUUAAUCCGUCAAAUUAGAAAUGUGUGCUUAAAAAAAAAAAAUAAAAAUCAAAGUAAAAGUGAUUAGCGAAAACGCGGAGAUAACCUAAUUCAGAUCUAAAAUCUCUUUCUCUCUCCACCUUUCUGAUCACUCUUUCUCUCUCCUCCAUUGCUUUGCUUUCCAGCAAUCUACCCAUCAACAUCUACUAGUUCCGAUCUAUUUCUUACUGCAAUUCUUCACGAAAUUCGCCGUUAACACACUUCGAUUUUUACUGCAAAAGUGUGCUUUAUUUCACUUGUAUUGAGCACCAACCAUGUGGAAGUUUAAGCCCUUUGCACAGAAAGAACCAACAGGACUUGAGGGCCGCUUUUUUGAUGUCGGUGACAUUAAAGUUCAUGUCAAGAAUGUCAUUGCUGAGGGAGGAUUCUCUUGUGUUUACUUGGCUAAGGAUGCAUCGAAUGCAUCAAAGCAGUAUGCUCUAAAGCAUAUCAUAUGCAAUGAUCAGGAAUCAAUGGACCUAGUAAUGAAGGAGAUUAAAGUGAUGAAAUCUCUCAAAGGGCAUCCUAAUGUAGUUACUCUUUAUUCUCAUACUAUAUUGGACAUGGGUAGGACGAAAGAAGCACUUCUUGUGAUGGAAUGUUGUGAGAAAUCUCUGGUAAAUGUCUUGGAGAGUAGGGGAACUGGUUACUUUGAAGAGAAACAAAUCAUGGCAAUUUUCAGGGAUGUUUGUAAUGCAGUCUUUGCAAUGCACUGCCAUUCGCCACCAAUUGCCCACCGUGACUUGAAGGCAGAGAAUCUUUUGCUGGGCUUAGAUGGGCUAUGGAAAUUGUGUGACUUUGGUAGCACCUCUACCAAUCACAAGCGCUUUGAAAAACCUGAAGAAAUGGGCAUUGAAGAAGACAACAUAAGGAAGCACACAACCCCUGCUUAUAGAGCGCCUGAGAUGUGGGAUCUUUACAGAAGAGAUCUCAUUAGCGAGAAAGUGGACAUUUGGGCUCUUGGUUGUUUGCUUUACCGUAUUUGCUAUUUCAAAUCAGCAUUUGAUGGCGAGUCAAAGCUUCAGGUUCUGAAUGGAAAUUACCGUAUCCCUGAUUUACCAAAAUACAGUGCGCCUAUCACUGAUUUAAUUCGAGACAUGCUCAACUCUUCCCCAGAGUCCAGACCAGAUAUCACACAGAUCUGGUUUCGUGUCAAUGAGCAAUUGCCUGUUGGAUCACAGAAGUCAUUACCUGAUCGGCCGCCUCAUAUGCGUGAAACAGCUUCUGACAUAACUGAAGGUAUCUCCAAGAUUAUGUCGAGGACUCCAAAUCCAGUGCCUCGGAGAAGCCCGCCACCUGUACCAUCAUCAAGUGAAGCUACUAAUUUGUCGACUUCAAACACUACUAGGGGUGGGCUUGUAGGCGGUGCUUUUUGGUCCACAGAGCAUGCUAAGGAUACUCUUGUCCCAGAGGAAAGAGGUGAACCGAAAUUUGAUGAUGAAAAGCCGUCCCAGAAAGAAGAUAGGAGCCGGUCAGAGAAAUAUAAUUUGCAUGGUAAAGCCAGUCCUUCUGGGAGGGAAAAUAGUCAGGCUAAUCCAAUGAAGUCUAGUAGUGCCUCAACUUUUGAGAAUGAGGCUUUCAACAGCUUUGUUGCUGAUUUUGACACAUCUAAACUCAGUCCUACUGGCAAUGACACGAAAUCAAAGAAGGAUAAUUCCUUGGAAGCUGAGAUAAAUAGACUACAGGAGCAAUUGAAGCAAGCUAAUGCAGAGAAGGCAGAAAUUACUUCAAAGUAUGAGAAGCUUACUGCAAUUUGUCGAUCACAGAGACAAGAACUACAGGAGCUGAAGCAAGCGUUGGCUUCCAGAACUCCUUCACCUAAAAUGGAGUCUACGAGGAAUCAACCAUCCUCCAGCAGUAAAGUCGCUACUUCUCAGAGAGCAAAAAACGAAGGCACAGUGUUAGAGCUCCAACAAGGUUUGCUUGACAAAAAUUCCACAACCCCAGAAUUGAAAUCAUGGCAAGCAUUUUCCCCUUCACCAACAUCUCAAGCUGAUUCAUCUAAAUCUGUUAGGACCAGGAAUGGUCACUCUAGCAAGCAAGGUGCUUCAACUGGAUCAACCCAAGAUGGAUGGGGAUUUGAAAAUGAAAGCUUCACUGCAGUUCCUGCUGCUAGCUCUAGGAUCACUAGAUCUGGCGAAGGUAAUACUUCCCUACGUUUUGGGGAUUCAAAUAAGUUAGCAAGCAAGAAUACUGCUUCUCAACCAGCUGGCUGGGCUGGGUUCUAAGUCUUCUUACUCAAAAGGAAGAAUACAUAUUCUCUGUAAGCCUGUAAUACUUUUGUUCAUAUAAUUUUGCAUGAGAAAACAUCAUUUCUCUUAUUCUAUGUAGCAACCGUCUCUUAGCCAAUUGAUGAUUUUGUGUUGGCUAUUGACUCACAGUUAUAAUCUACUUAUAAUCAAUGUUGCUUUCAUUUGUUAUGUCUGUUUUAUAAUUAAUAGAGAUGAUCACGCUGAAAUUUUAUUGAAUUACGUAUUUAUCCC